AUGGAGAACGAUGCGUUUGCAGGGGCCCUCAACCCUGGCCGUCCAGAGUACAAGUACACGGAUCGUGAAGGCGGUUGUUCGAAGAUCAGUGAGGAGUUCGACAACUUCCACCUGCCGUUAGAUGGCCAAGUCGAGUGGGAGGAAUCAGAGAAGCUGAUCAAAGAGGGUGUCGACCUGAUCAGAAGCAUCCAAGACGGCAAAUACGCCCUAAAGAACCACGAAUUGGUAGACCCUUCAACUGUUCGGCUCUUUCCUGCGGUGAAAGCCAACACCAGCCAUCUGCCCGGCACCGAGGAGGACGCAAUCAAGGUUGACGUCCGGCAUUGGACUAAUGCAGUGGACGAGAUCAUCCGGGCAUCAGAGUCCCAGCUGCCCAAGAAGGUGUCGUGGUGGCUGAGCGAGUCCUCAGGCAGUGUGGCCGGAGUUAACAAGGCCAACACAGCGACAACGACACAGAUUGCCAUAGACAGCAUCUUGUUGGCUAUUCGCAACGUCAUGGCAACCCAGCAGGACGGAAACUACAGCACCCCUGGCACUAGGCGGGCAUCCACCGCCCGUAGCCGGCGUUCUUCGGCGGCGUCUUACCGCAACCGCUCGCCAAUUCGCAUGACUACAAGUCGCGGCAGCCCGAGCGCAGCCGGCGGUGGACGCGACGGUGGAGGUAGCCGAUCCCGCGAACCGCCAAAGCGAGGUCGCGGCCAAUCUUCCAAGUUUCCAUCGGUCGGCGAUAACCCCAACAUCACGGGAAUUCGCAAAAACGCUCGUCAGGCAACUCCACUGAACGCUGGCAACUUGCACCUGCUGAAGCAGGGGUUCGGCUACAUCUUUCAACACCGUAUCCGAUGUGUUGAGCUCACAGACAGCAUUGGCUCAGUCUUCCUCGAGGCCCUAGGCCUCAAGAUAGACGAGUUUACAACUUCGCCGGAGCUCUUCCGGCAGGCUCUCAAGUCUGGACCCAUUGGAGCAGGCAAGCUGCGCGUCACUGCCAUAGAACAGCAUCAGCGCGAGCAUAUCAUUGCGGCACGUGUCGCCUUCCGCGACAGGGCUCGACGUGGCGUGCCUGACAACAUUGUCAGCGAGGGGCCCCAGCCCCGCCCUGCGGACCACUAUAGGAAGCAUGAAUUCACGGAUGAUGAGAUUCCGCAAAUGGAGGAGUUGAUGUACGGCGUGUGGCUGAGCCCGAAGAGGAAGAAACGGAGCGUCUCUCGUGAGGAGUAA